AUGGCCGAGGGCGGCGGGGGCGGCUCGGGCCGGCGCCGCUGGAAGCGCCACAUCCUCCGGCAGCUGCAGCAGCGCGACCGGGCGCAGAAGGCGCGCUUCUCGGAUCUCCUGCAAGCCUAUACCAAACUGCUAGAAAAACCCAACUUGGAUCAUUGUUCUGUGCAGUUCCAGAUCCCCAGUGUGGAUCACCAGACGGCGGGUCCUGCUUGCAGCCCCAACUGUGCCUGUCCUGCUUGCGUUCCUAACGCCAUUUGGGAUUCUGCAAUUCUGCUGAGGUGCCUUCAGAAUCGUCACGAAGCCGAGCUCUCGAAGCUGGAGACCGCCAAUGGGGAGCUGGCGUACAAGAUUUAUGAACGGGGCCAGCUGCUCAGAGCGAAGGACGCCGAACUGGAGGACCAGACGGACAGGCUGGCCAGUCUGAGCCGCCAACUCUGUGACCUGGAGGACUGGCGCUGCCGGCUGCGGAGCCAGGCGGAGGAGCUGAGUCGCAGGAACGGCGGCCGGAAAGCCGGGUAUGACUCCCUGCAGCGGCGUUUCCAGCAGCAGGACGGGGAAUUUCGCCAGGCGCUGGAGAAGGGGGAGGAGCUGCUCCAACGGGCCCUGCGGAGGAAGGCCGACUGGGCCCAGCGCGAGAACGACAGGAUUGAAAGGGUGAAGCAAACACAACUGACGAGGGAGCUGCAGGCAGCCACCCGGUCCACGCUCGGGGUAAAGAUAGAAUCCGAAAAAGUGAAAACAGGAGAGCAGAAGUCGGCCAGCAAACACCCCAUCGAAGAAAAGAAAGGAGGUGAAAAAUUGUGGAAAAGACCCUUUAGAUCGGCCUCUGCGAGCUCUCUCAGCACCCCCAGAUACAAGGGCUUCCUCAAGGGCUGGUUUGAGCUGAGACGUGGCAACUCGAUCAGCAGCGGCUCCGUGGAUCAAUAUGGCUGCUUGCCUUCCUGCGCGGACGCCUGCCUCCCCUCCUGCGUGGCCGACGAACAAGAAGGGCACCUCUCUGAGAUCCACGCGGUCGCCUUCAGUCCCAAUUCAGGCCUGCUGGCCACGGGUGGCGUGGACAGAGUGAUCAAGCUCUGGAGCGUGGCUGGAGGCUGCCUGGAGGAGAAGCAAACCUUGGACGUGUCCAGUGGGAGCAUCACCAGCAUUGCCUUUGAUCCCUUGGGCUGUUGUAUCUUAGCCGCCACCUACGACAACGCUGCCCAGUUGUGGAAGGUCGAGGACCGCAAAAUUAAGGAGAUUCUCACAGGACACACUAACAAAGUGACCGCCGCCAAAUUCAGGUCGACGUGGCAGCAGGCGGUGACGGGCAGCCGAGACAGGACCGUGAAAGAGUGGGACCUGGUCAAAGGAGCAUGUUCUCGGACCAUCGAGGUCUUCUCUUGCUGCUACGACGUUGUGUGUUGCAACAACGUCAUUGUGAGCGGCCACUACGACAAGAUGAUCCGUUUCUGGGACACCAGGGACCCUCACUGCACACAGGUGGUCCCCGUGGGAGGCAAGGUGACCUCGCUCAGCCUGAGUCCCGAUCAGCUGCAGUUGCUGAGUUGCUCUCGGGACAACGCCCUCAAGGUCAUCGAUCUGAGGAUGCACACUGUCCAGCAGGUGUUCAGGGCGGAGGGAUUCAAAUGUGGAUCCGAAGGGACCAAGGCUGUGUUCAGCCCCGAUAAGAGAUACGCCUUAGUUGGAUCUUCCAAUGGCGCCCUUUUCCUCUGGAACCUGGCCACGGGGAAGCUGGAGAUCAGCCUGGCGGGAGUCCACCGGUCCUCCGUGAAUGCUGUGGCUUGGGGUCCCUCCGGGGUCCACAUAGGGAGCGUCGACAAGAGCCGCAAAGUUGUGUUGUGGAAAUAG